AUGGAUAUCUCCCAUCAUCUGAUGGACGGUGGCGUCGUGGACACCACAGAGAUGGACACUUUUGUGCUGGACGCGCAAACCAAACAUCACAACUUAUCAAAUGGACAGCACCCUGCCGUAACUAGAUCGCCUUCCUUCCGGCAAGAAGUCAUCCCAUUGGCUCAAAAAGGCAUGGACCAUCUUCCAUACUCGACGUCUCAGACUGGCCUGGUCUACGACGUGCGAAUGCGCUUCCAUGUCGAGGUGCGCCCAGAAGUUAACCAAGGUGUACAUCCGGAAGAUCCCAGGCGAAUCUACGCGAUAUACAAGGAGCUAGUCGACGCGGGCUUGGUUGACGAUCCUAACACGGUCAACAUAGCGCCAUCUGUCCUGGCGAGAAUACCCACCCGAUUUGUAACGAAACAAGAAGUAUGCGCGGUACACACGGAGCGACACUACGACUGGGUUAUCAGUCUAGAGGAGUGGGAUAACGACCUUCUCCAUGACGCUGGCCAACAGAUGGACAGUAUUUACCUGUCUAAGAACUCUCCAAUGUGUGCAAGAUUAUCAGCGGGAGGUGCGAUAGAAGCAUGUCGAGGAAUUCUGAACGGCCAUGUCAAGAACGCCGUGGCGGUUAUCCGUCCUCCUGGACAUCACGCGGAGCACGAUGAACCAAUGGGAUUCUGUCUCUUCAACAAUGUGCCUAUCGCGGUCAAGGCUUGUCAGAGUGAGUUCGGAGACAAAUGCCGCAAGGUUCUCAUCCUUGAUUGGGAUGUACAUCAUGGCAAUGGCGUGCAACAGGCCUUCUACAACGACCCCAAUGUGCUUUACAUCUCUCUUCAUGUCCAUCAAGGAGGUAAAUUCUACCCCGCUGGACCCGCAGGAGACCAUCUGCAUUGCGGCGAAGGAGCCGGCCUCGGAAAGAACAUCAACAUUCCGUGGAGGACAGCUGGCAUGACAGAUGCCGACUACCUUCUNGCAUUUCAAAGGAUUGUCAUGCCCAUUGCACAAGACUUCGACCCCGAUCUAGUGGUCGUUUCUGCUGGGUUCGAUGCUGCGGAGGGCGACAUGUUGGGCAAAUGCCAUGUCUCACCUGCUGGCUAUGGCCAUAUGACACGCAUGCUCAUGUCGCUGGCUAACGGAAAAGUUGCUGUGUGUCUCGAAGGAGGAUACAACCUUCGAUCCAUCGCGAUCUCCGCCCUUGCAGUCACUCGUACGUUGAUGGGCGAGCCGCCUGGCAGAGUUGUCACCACAGUGCCGACACCCUCUGGCGUGGACACGGUCGAAGAAGUUCUUCGCCAGCAAGCAAAUUACUGGCCGUGUCUGUUUCCCAANAACCCCUCUCAACGACUCAAGAAAUUGGGAAGCGAGAGAAUGCACGACAUCGUCAGAGAUUAUCAAGCUGCGUGGCUCUGGGAGAACCUUGGGAUGACGAAUUUAUUCAUCGCGCACAGCAAAGCAUCAAGAAGCUUCAAGAACCAGGUGUUGGCAACAGGAAUUGCUGUCAUCGACAUAAACAUCCCCAAACAUGUCACGGAGGUCGAAGAAAAUCACGAGUUCGCUGCUGAAGCAAACCCACAAGAGAAAAGCGACGAGACGGAGUUGCUCGCGAAAUACUUGUGGGACAACUACAUCGACGAAUCAAGCCAGAUCUUCUUCAUGGGCAUCGGUCAAGCCUACUCAAGCCUGGUCAGCUUUUUGAAGAAGAAUGAUAGAUGCAGAGACAGGCUUUGCAAGAUCAUCGGCUUCAUAUCCGAUUCGUGCGGUCUGCCAUCCUACAGAUCCACAACAGACGACUUNUUGGAUCGGUGGUACAAGGAGACGUCGAGAAUCUUCGUGGCUGAAGAUCACUAUGUGUGGGAGAGGAACAAGACGAAGCAACCAUCUAAGAAAUGGGGCUCGUUGCAGAAAAGCGACCACAACGACAUGCAAGAGAUGCUUGCGUACCAUCACAAGGAAGUCACGGGUAUGCUGGAUGUCGAGAUCCAGCACUGGCAGCAGCGGCAGUCGUCAGACGCACCGGUAGCAGGCGCCAGUGAAGGAGAGAUGUAG